CUCUCUAGAUGUGUUGAAAAGGGCCAAAAGUUCUCCGGGAUGAAGAGUCAUGAUUGUCAUGUCUUUAUGCAAAGACUACUUCCCUUUGCAUUUGCGGAGCUACUUCCCACAAAAGUACAUGAAGCACUUGCAGCCAUUGGAGCAUUUUUCAGGGACUUGAGCACUCGCACUCUUAAAGAGGAUGUCGUAGAACAACUUCACGAGAACAUUCCGAUCUUAUUGUGCAACUUGGAGAUGAUAUUUCCUCCCUCAUUAUUUGACGUCAUGGAGCAUUUAGCUGUCCACCUCCCGUAUGAGGCAUUGCUUCGAGGACCAGUACAUUAUGGAUGGAUGUAUCAGUAUGAGCGGGCCAUGAAAUAUUUGAAGGGAAAGGCAAAAAACCUCGCAAAGGUUGAAGGUUCUAUAAUUGCUGGAAGUUUGACGGAAGAAACAUCUCACUUCACAUCGUACUACUUUGCACCUAAUGUACGGACCCGACAAAGAGCUCCAAGAAGAUAUGAUGAUGGUGGUGUUGCCCCAACAUAUGCAGUUGCUGGUGUUCCGGAUAUCUUUAGCCAGAUUGGGCGAAUGGGUGGGAAAACGAAAGAGGUUUGGUGGUCGAGUGAUGAAGACGCCCAUAGUGCACACACUUACAUUCUACUUAAUUGUGAGGAUCCAUUUAUGCGCUAUUUUGAAAGCCUAUUUGUUAGUCAAGUCCAAGAAGCUAUCCCAGGCAUAUCCACAAGUGAGGUAGAUAAAAGGAAAGAUCGACACUUUAUUAAAUGGUUGAAGAGUCAGGUUGAAUAUGAGGAUCCAGAUUAUCCCAUAUGGUUUCACGAAUUAGUUCAGGGUCCACUUGCAAAGGUCACCACAUCACCAAUGUAUUUCUCACGAGGCUUUACUUUUCAUACGUACGAGUAUGGUAAACACCGGGCGACCAGCAAUUAUGGAAUUUGUGUGAAAGGCGAAACCGAUUUCUACGGGAUCUUGCAGGAGAUUAUUGAAGUGGAAUUCCCUGGGUUAUUGAAGCUGAAAUGCGUCAUAUUCAAAUGUGACUGGUUCGACCCCGUGGUCAACAGAGGUGUUCGAUUUAACAAAUUCGGUGUAGUUGCUGUCAAUGGUGGAAGGAGGUACAACAAAUUCGAGCCUUUCAUAUUAGCUUCGCAAGCAGACCAAGUUAGCUUCCUACCAUACCCGAGGUUGCGAGAAUCUGGAAUAAGUUGGUUAGCUGUUAUCAAAGUUACACCCCGUGGACGAAUAAUCGGUGGAGAAGAACCACCUUUGCAAGAAGAACACAUCAAUGAAGUCGAAGAACCUGAACAACAAAUGGAAGACAUCCUACUCAUUGAUCCGCAUAAUCAUGAGUAUGAAGAUCUUCCCGACGAUACCACUGACGAUGCUGUUGAGGACGAGUUUAAUGAAAGUGAUGAUGUUUCUAGUGUUGAAGAGAAUGAUGAUGUAUCUGAAUGAUGAUGUAAUUUUUAAAAAAUAUUAUUUAUUUUCAGACUUGAUUAAUGCA